AGCCCGGAUGCGCCGUUUCUGGCGACGGGGACGAUGGCGGGGGCGAUCGAUUUGUCGUUUAGCACGACGGCGUGUUUGGAAAUCUUCUCGACGGACUACGCGGAUGGGGAGUUUGAGAUGCCGACGCGCGGGAAGGCGGUGCCGUCGACGGAGAGGUUUCAUAGGUUGGUGUGGGGGAGGGGCGCGGCGUCGGAGGAGACGCGGCUGGGGUUGAUUGCCGGGGGGUUGGUGGACGGCACGGUGAACGUGUACAAUCCGGCGAAGAUCGUGGACGGCGCCCAGAGCGGGGCGAUAAUCACAAAGUUGGCCAAGCAUCAGGGUGCGGUGAGGGGCUUGGACUUUAACACGUUCUCACCCAACCUGCUCGCGAGCGGGGCGGAGGAUGGGGAGCUUUGUAUUUGGGAUUUGGCAAAUCCGAACAAGCCGUCGUUGUAUCCCGCGCUCAAGUCUACCUCGGGCGGCCCGAGCGCCGGGGAGGUUUCGUAUUUGGCGUGGAAUCAUAAAGUGCAGCACAUUUUGGCGUCUUCUUCGCUCAACGGUACCACGGUGGUUUGGGAUUUGAAGCGUCAGCGUCCGGUGAUUUCGUUCACCGAUCCGAAUUCCCGCCGGCGGUGCUCGGCGUUGCAGUGGAACCCAGAGGUGGCGACCCAGCUUAUCGUCGCGAGCGACGACGAUCGCUCGUGCUCGCUUCAGGUGUGGGAUUUGCGGAACUCUAUCUCUCCUGCGCGCGAAUUCGUCGCCCAUUCCAAAGGCGUGCUCGCCAUGGCCUGGAACUUGCAAGAUCCGUCCCUGCUGCUCACGUGCGGCAAGGACAACAGGACGCUUUGCUGGGACACCGAGGCCGGUGAGGUCAUUUCCGAGCUUCCCGCGAGCGCGAACUGGAAUUUCGACGUUCAAUGGAGCAAGACGACGCCCGGCAUCUUGUCCACAUCUUCGUUCGACGGCAAGAUCACCUUGCACAACUUGCAAAAGGCGGGGGCGACGGCGCAAGGUUCAGCGGACGCUCACGGCGUGAGCUCGGACUUUUCCGAACUCGCCCACCAGCAAAGCGCCGGUCCAACGAUGCCGAUGAAACGCGCACCGAACUGGUUGAAACGUCCUUGCGGGGCCACUUUCGGAUUCGGUGGUAAGCUCGUGGCGCACGGAGCCACGCUCCAGGGUGCCCCGGCGACGCCGGGCGCCGUGACCGUGAUUUCCGUCAAGAGCGAGACGACGGAUGGUUUGGUGGUGAAAGAAAACAGCUCCGAGUUUGAAGACGCCGUGAAGGGAGGAGACACGGAGGCGCUGAUUAAAUUUUGCGAGGCGAAGAAACGCAUGGCCAAGGGUGAAGAGCACGAAGCUUGGACGUUUAUGAGUAUCUUAUUCACCGAGGACGCCAGGCGAGAAAUGUUACGCCACCUCGAGUUUGGUGACGCCUUGGAGGCGCGCGAGAAGUCCCUCGCGGCCUUGUCGAUUAAGGAUACUGAUGAUUCGCAAGCCGAUGCGUCGACGCCGGUGAGUACACCGACGUCGCCAGCGCUGCCUCCGGUCGAGGACUCUGACGCAUUCUUCGACAACCUUGGAGACGCGGCGCAACCUACGUCGCCGAAGCACAUUCCGUCGCCGAAAAAACCGGCGCCGAAAAAACCGGCGCCGGUGGUUUCAAAGGCUCCACCGCCGACGGCUGCUGAUUUUGAGAUUCAACGCGCUUUGAUUGUAGGCGAUUACAAAGCCGCCGUGGACGCGUGCAAGCGCGCCGAGCGCUACGCCGACGCCCUCAUCCUCGCCGCGGCUGGUGGUCCGGAACUAUGGGCUGAAACCCAAGCUGCGCACAUUGCGCGAGUUCCGCGCCCGUACAUGCAAGUGGCCGCGGCGGUGGUCGGAAAGAACUUGUCGAAUCUCGUCAAGGCGCGGCCGGUGUCGGCUUGGCGUGAGACGCUGGCGUUGUUGUGCACGUACGCCCCUGGUGAUGAAUGGGGUCCAUUAGCGGAAGUUCUCGCCGAGGGAUUGGCAAAGAGCGGAGAUCAUAAGUCUGCGAUGCUGUGCUACGUUUGUGCGGGUAAUGUGGAUGCGGCUAUCAAGUACUGGCUGUCUUCACUGCCGUCGAGAAACUUUAGUCCAAAGGAUUUGUACAGUGUAGUCGAGAAGGCUGUGAUGAUGACUCGCGCGGCGGGACAAUCGGAAGCUACGCAAGGUUUCACGAGUUUGAUUACGAAUUACGCGGAAAUGUUGUCUUCCCAAGGUGAUCUGGACAGCGCGUUAGAUUACUUGGGCAUGGUUCCCGGGACCCCGGGUGAAGAAGUAAACGUCUUGCGCAACAGAAUUAUUCGCAGCAGUAUUUCCAACAAGGCGACCACGACGCAACCGUCUGUGCCUCCGUCGAUGACCGCGGCGUACAACGUCGCCGCUCAAGUCGCCGCGGGCAACAUGGGCGCCCCCGCAGCACCCCCGAUCGGCGGUGGUUACGGUGCGCCUCCGGCGCCGAUGGCUCCGCAGCAUCACCAAGCGCCACCACCAAUGCCCGGAAUGAUGGUUCCGACUCCCAUGAUGCCGCAACAACAGCAGCAAAUGGGCGGGCCGCCGCAACAACAGCCCUCGCGCGCACCGCCGCCGCCGCCUUCGUCCGUCGCCCCCGCUGCCUCGUUCAACCCUGCGCCCGCAACGCCGCCGCCGAUCAUUCCGCAACGCGUCGAGCAACCGGCGUACGGUGCGAAUGCGCCUACACCGCCACCUUCGGCGCAGGCGUACGGCGCGCCGCAGCACCAGCAGCAGAGCUUCCAGCCCGGCCCGCCGCAACCGUCAACCUUUGCGCCGGCUCCGCCGCCGAUGCAGCAGCAGCCGGCCGCAGCACCACCACCGCCACCUGCGGCGCCGGCAAAGCCGCAACCACCGGCGAACUGCUCCGUGGAAACCGUCGACACGAGCAAGAUUUCACCCGACCUCGCGCCCGUCGCGCAGUCGCUUCGCUCGCUCUACGACGCGUGCGCCGCCGCCGCCGCCGCCCAUCCAGCGAAGCGUAAAGAGAUGGACGACAGCUCCAGACGACUCGGUGUUCUCCUCUGGAAGCUCAACGCCGCCGAGGUGUCCCCAUCCGUCGUCGCCAAGCUCAAAUCUCUCGCCGAGGCGCUCGACACGGCGAAUUUCACCGCCGCGCACGGCGUCCAAAUGGCCCUCACCACCGGCGAUUGGGACGAGUGCAGCGCCUGGCUCACCGCGUUAAAGCGUCUCACGAAAUUUCGAUCCACGUUUCCAUAG